GUUUAUGUAAAAUCCAGAUCGUUUUAUUUGUAAAAUUAUAAUCGUCCUAAGUCGGAAGUCUGAAGACAGAUCGAUCACUCUGUAAUUGUUUCAAUCUCAGAAUUCUACUAAUACUCAAGAAGAAGAAGAACGAAGCGACGUCGUAAUGGCUUUGAAGUUUCUGAACAAGAAGGGGUGGCACACCGGGAGCCUCCGGAACAUAGAGAACGUGUGGAAGGCGGAGCAGAAGCACGCCGCCGAAGAGAAGAAGCUCGACGAGCUCCGCAAACAGAUCGUCGAAGAAAGAGAACGCUCCGAGUUCCGUGAGCUUCAGGAGCAAGCCGGCCUCGUCCCCAAGCAAGAGCGAUUGGAGUUCCUCUACGAUUCCGGAUUGGCCGUAGGGCGCCCUGGCGGCUCUGAUAAUUUCAAGGAAGCCUUCACCAAAGCCGAAGAACCGUCUUCUUCCUCCGCCGCCGCCGCUGCCGCUGCCACCGCGAAGGAGGCAUCAUCGUCUGCGCCGGGGGCUCUGUUCGCAGCAGACAAGCCUCAGUCUGCCAAUGAUGCAUGGAGGAAGCUUCACUCGGAUCCUUUGCUUAUGAUUAAGCAGCGAGAGCAGGAAGCCCUCUCGCGGAUCAAGAACAAUCCUGUCCAGAUGGCUAUGAUUCGCAAACAAGUUGAAGCAAAGAAGCCCAAAGAAAAAGAGCGUGACAAGAAGGAACGUCGGAAGAAACACCGUAAAGAUUCUUCAAAGCAUCGGAAGCAAACAUCUGAUUCAGAAGAUGACACAGCUGAUAUGGAAAGGAGGAAGAAUAGUCAUCGUAAGGCAUCAAAAUAUGUUAAGCAUUCAGAAUCAGAGGAUGAACCCCAUGAAAAAGCGCAUCGAAGUGAGAAGAACCAUGUUAAGCAGUCAAAUGUUGAAGAUGAAUCACGUUAUAGAGCACGCCAAAGUGGGAAAACCCAUGCCAAGUAUUCAGAUUCUGAAGAUGAAUUGCGUAGCAAAGCACGUAGCAGUGAUAAAAAUCAUGUUAGGCAUUCAGAUUUGGAGGAUACAUCACGUAACAGAUCACAUCGUAGUGAGAAGAACCGUGUUAAGUAUUCAGAUUCAGAAGAUGAGCUACAUAACAGAGGGCGUGGAAGUGAGAAAAACCGUGUUAAGCAUUCAGAUUCAGAAGACAAGCUACACAACAGAGGUCGAAGUGAGAACAACCGUGGUAAGCGUUCAGAUUCAGAAGAUGAGCUACAUAACAGAAGAAGUCGAAGUGAGAGAAACCGUGGAAAGCAUUCAGAUUCAGAAGAUGAACUACAUAACAGAAGAAGUCGAGGUGAGAAGAACCGUGUCAAGCAUUCAGAUUCAGAAGACGGGCUACAUAACAGAGCACGUCGAAGUGAGAAAGAUGAUGCUAUAACAAGGGGAAAAGAGGACGGUCAAGGUAUUGUCAAGGGUAAACAUGAAAAUUCAGAACAAGAAAACUAUUCCAUGAGAGGUCGAAAUGAAUCCCACAACAAGCGUCGGUUUGUUCCGCCUAAACUUUCAGAAGAAGAAAGAGCUGCUCGGCUAAAGGAGAUGCAGAUGGAUGCUGAGUUGCAUGAAGAACAAAGAUGGAAACGUUUGAAGAAGGCUGACGAGAAUGAUGCACGGGAAGCUACCCAGGCUAUCAGAUCUGGCGGUAAGAAUUUCUUGGAUGCUGUUAAAACUAGUGUUUAUGGUUCUGGGAAGGGAGGAAGCUCAACAAUAGAGGAGAGUGUCCGUCGCCGAACCCAUUAUUUGCAGGGCAGGUCUGAAGCAGGUGAAAGCAAUGCAUUUCGACGGUAAUGCCAUUGCAUUCUGUUGUUUUAUCCUGUUACAGUGAUUCUAGCUGUUUGCUUUCCUUUGUUCUACAUGAUUUAUGGACCAAUAGUUGAUGCUUCUCCAUGUGUAAUGAUAACUGAAUGUAAAUCUAUUUGAAAAAUCAUUGUUAUUU